AUGGCCAUUGAGGAACAUCAUGACAGUUCAUCAGAGAUCGUUUCAGCCAGUCCAAACCACGCUGUAUCAACAAGAAAGAAACCAAAUUUAACUGAUGAGCAACGAAUAGCUGUUUACAAAUUCUUGCUAACAAAACAAAAAGAUCCAGAGCGAUUUUCCAAGCUUGUGAAAGGCGCUUUAAGCGUUGCAGCUAUGAAAUUCGGUGUAACAGCAGACAUUGUUAGUGCAAUCUGGAAGCGUGCACAGCAGUCCCUCGCUGAUGGCAACAUUUCAGCCGAUCUUGGAUCGUUCAAAUGUGGACGUGUUGAAAAAGGAAAGAUUUUGAUGUCGACAAGGUCAAGGUCAUUCCACUUGUGGAUCAUCAGAAUAUUCGGUCUCUUGCUGCCAAAUUGA